UGAACCACUUGCCUGACUGGAACAGCCACAUGGGAGCCAUUCACAAACAUAGAAACAGGGGAGGGGUGGCGCUUCGUCCUUCACUCGUCGGCACGUUCGGCGUCCGUUGCUUUUCCUCCGGAGCCUCUUCCUCCGUCCCCUGUCCUCUCUCCACGACAGAGUAACGCACGGCAAGAACCCGAGAGGGGCUGAACAAAAGGCAAGCAACGAGAGAAGAGAAGGGGAUGCUUCGUCCCUCUCGCUGCACGGAAACAAACACACCCCCUCGUUUCAGUUUCGCUGCCGUUCCCGCUAUUUAUGGGAGUGAAGACAUAUAAAGCUUGAGCAUUUUUCCUUCUCUUUCCGUUGCCAUGACUUGCUUGAGAGACGGGAGCGGCGCUUCUCUGCUCUCGGAGAUGAUUCCGAGGCGGGUGUCGAUCAAAGAAGAGAGCUUGGAGGGGUACCUGCGGUGCCCGCCCGAGAAGGUCUUCCCCGUCUACGCGAUGGGGGUCUGGAGGCCCGAGUCGGAAUCCGUCGUCUCCGUCUCGGGUUCUGGCGACCCGAUUUGGGACGCCGUGAGAGAAGAGGCCAAGUUGGAGGCAGAGAGGGAGCCUAUUUUGAGCAGCUUUUUAUAUGCUAGUAUCCUAUCGCAUGAAAAUUUGGAGCAGGCAUUGGGGUUUGUUUUGGCCAAUCGGCUCCACAAUGCUACCCUGCUGGCAACACAACUUGUCAAUACAUUUAAUGAUGUUAUAACGAAUGAUAAAGCCAUUCAACGUGCAAUCCGCUUGGAUGUGCAGGCAUUCAAAGACAGAGAUCCAGCUUGUAUAUCGUAUAGCUCAGCCCUAUUGUACUUGAAGGGUUACCAUUCCUUGCAAUCUUAUCGAGUAGCACACGCAUUGUGGAAAAAGGGAAGGAAAGUACUCGCCCUGGCAUUGCAAAGCCGUAUUAGUGAGGUUUUCGGAGUUGACAUACAUCCUGCUGCUAGAAUUGGAGAGGGAAUACUACUGGAUCAUGGGACAGGCUUGGUUAUUGGUGAGACUGCUGUUAUUGGAGACAGAGUUUCCUUGAUGCAGGGUGUGACUCUGGGAGGGACCGGAAAAGAUACCAGUGAUCGUCAUCCAAAGGUGGGUGAAGGUGCACUUAUUGGAGCAAGUGUAACCGUACUUGGAAAUAUUAAAAUUGGGGAGGGUGCGAUGAUCGCAGCUGGCUCCCUAAUAUUGAAUGAUAUUCCUCCACACGGCAUGGUAGCAGGAAUACCGGCGAAGGUGAUUGGUUAUGUAAUUGAGAAAGAUCCAUCACUGACAAUGAAACAUGAUGCAUCCAGAGACUUUUUCGAGCAUGUUGCUGUGAAAUUCAAAGGUGGAAGUUCCACAGUGGUCUGAAUUAUUUUCAGGCGUUCAAGAUCCGGGAAGAAGUUGUGGAAGCGCGUGAUAAAGCUCACGAGCAUCGAUCUUUCUGCAUGCGUGCUCUUUGAAUUGGAGCGAACAGUAUCGUGUGUAAAAAUCGCAUAACAUGGAGGGUUUAUCUAGCCUUGAUAAACCUCUAGUCUGUCUGUAAUCAUCUUCUUGAUUGGGUAAUCAAAAAUAUCAAAUCUUUGCUUGA